GGCCCGUGGCCAACGCGAUCCAAUUUCCCACCCUGCCGUCUCGCAUUCAUAUAUAUAUGCAUGUGUUCUGAAUAGUCUAUUCUUCAUUGCAAGUUUUCCGCACAACUCUUUCACCUCUUGUUUUCCCCAAUCCUUUUCGCCUUUGUCUGCGAAUGGCGUCGUUCGAUCAGGCACCUCCCGGCGAUGUCAAAUCCGGUGACAAAAUCUUCAGGACCAAGUGCGCUCAGUGCCACACCGUCGAAAAAGGUGCCGGUCACAAGCAAGGACCCAAUCUGAAUGGUUUGUUUGGAAGGCAAUCUGGCACAACUCCCGGAUAUUCCUACUCUUCAGCUAACAAGAACAUGGCUGUGACUUGGGAAGAAAAGACACUAUACGAUUACUUGCUUAACCCCAAAAAGUAUAUUCCAGGGACAAAGAUGGUAUUUCCUGGUCUUAAGAAGCCUCAGGAACGUGCUGAUCUUAUUGCAUAUCUGAAAGAAUCCACUGCACAGUGAUUAUACAUUUUCAUACAUUCAAUUUUGCAGCGUGCUUUCAAAUUUCUGGAGAUUUAAUUUUCGGUCAUUUAGUUCUGUCAUGCAGGAAGUGCUGUAUCUUUGGCUAAUAAUGUAGGCUACAUUGGUCUGCAAUGCUAUUUUGUUCAUUUUGCAUUGCUUCUGAAAAAAAAACAGCCGAAUAUUGGCUAUAUCUCUUGAAAAUUGAAACAUUCUUAUCAGCAUUUGAUUUAAUUGGACCACAGUUCAUUAUUAUGCUUAGCUGAAUUCAUCAUUUUCGUUUUACUUUGGUUUUGCUUAGCUGAAUAUGUUAGCGGGAGGGAUCGUAUGAAUAAUAAGCAGUAUUGAAGA